AUGCUGGAUGGCGUGGAACAGCGUACCCCGGCGGAGAGGCAGGGAAUCGUAGCCGAGAGCUGGGGGAGUGCAGAGUGUCUGUGGAGAGUCGACCCAGCAGUCCCGCGAAAGCCGGUCAGCUGUGAGGAGCGCAAGGCGGUCGCCAAAAACUACAUGAGCGCCGCCAAGCCUGAGCCCAACAGUGUCACUCCGGCGCCCCCUGCCAGUGAUGCCACGAACAACUGUACGCUGUCCGAGGCCAACUGCAUCCGCGGCUUCCACCUGGACCAAAAUGGAUGUCCCACCUGCUUUUGCCAGACCAUUCAGGCCAGAGAGCCUCAGGAUACCAGCAGGAGAACAAGCAGACGUUGGUGCGAGGUCUGUCAUUGUAAGACAUGCAUGGAAGAAAAGUGCGACAAGGCCUGUCCUGGAGGUCUCCGUCUCAGCAACCGAUGCUGCUUCACUUGUCACUGUACAGACUCCAGUUCUGCUUCAUUCGUAUCUCCAACUGAAGUAAGCUCCUGUCUGUCAGUUGAUGGCCAUCGGCAUGCUGAAGGAGAGAUGUGGAAUGACGGCUGCCGCCAGUGUUACUGUCACAAUGGGCAGGAGAUGUGCUCCUUGAUCUCCUGUCCCGCCACAGCCUGUGCCACCCCCAUCAUCCAACCUGGCCACUGCUGCCCUUCCUGUCCUCGUGAGUCACCCUACUGCAACAGGACUCCGACAUCUCACAGAGGAGAUGCAAAGAACCUAGCUGUUUGCCUGAUGUCAGAAGGGGACCACUUUGCAGAGGGCAAGACCUGGAGCUUGGAUUCUUGUACCCAGUGUAUCUGUCUAGUCGGGAAGGUGUUGUGUGAGACCAAGACAUGCCCCGCCCUACUUUGUCAAAAUCCAAUCAGGACACAGGAUUCCUGUUGCCCGCAGUGCCCAGCUGAGCCUGGUCCGCCAAUCCCCAUCAACAGAAGCUCACCUGGUUAUUGCAGAGACCAGUGGGGGAGUGUAUUCCUCGAAGCACAGUCCUGGAGACUGGACCCAUGCUCCAGCUGUGUCUGCCUGGAUGGAGCCAUCAAAUGCUUCCCGGAGUCCUGCCCCCUAGUCGGCUGCACCAAAGCCGUGCUGCACAAGGGCCAGUGCUGUCCCUACUGUCUAGGGGACACUGUUUCACCAGCCGUGUGCCACUUCAAUGGGAAGAUAUAUGCGGACGAGGAACGCUGGAAUGUUGACGGCUGCACGCACUGCUACUGCCUGCAGGGCCAGACACUGUGCUCCACUGUGAGCUGCCCCACCCCGCUGUGUCGGGAGCCCACCCAGUCGGGGCGCUGUUGCCCCGUGUGUCCUGCACUGUAG